CAGAUUAAUUAAGAGAGGAAGACUUUCCCUCUGAAUCCUUCAGACAAACAUAGUCAUAUUUAAUUUUUGGAAAACCUGGAAUGCAAAGUAAAUUUACACCAGCAACAUGCGAUUCAUCAGUGGACUCUCUACGAAAACCGGCUGUGUAUUUUCUCUCACAAAUCAUAUGCUGGUAACACGCUGCGUGUGGAGGAAGGAGGACUCGUCUUCUUUCCAGGAAUGCUGACACACUUUGGACGACUAUCUCUGUCCUAAAGCAGGUCAGUUCAGCAGCAAUGAUUCAGCAAGGACCUGAAAUCUUCACAAGCUUUUUAAAAAACCCAUAAAGAAAGAGUUUGCCAUGGAUCAUGUGCUGAACGUCGCAGACAGUCAUGUCUUCACUCCAUACGUUUACCCGGCCUCAUGGCCUGAAGACUGGGCUCUGCGUCAGAUCAUCAGCCUGUGGGUGGUGACACACCUGGGAGGGCAGCUGAUUUACCUGGGCUUUGGAGUUCUCAGCUUCUACUGUGUGUUUGACCACAAGCUCAUGAAACAUCCACAGUUCAUCAAGAACCAGGUGAGAAAGGAGAUCCAGUUAGGGACCACCUCCAUCUUCUGGAUGAGCUUCCCCACAGUGCUGCUCUUCUUCUGGGAGGUCAGAGGUUACAGCAAACUUUAUGACAACAUCGGUGAUUCUUCUCUGGGCUGGCCCGGGAUAUUUCUGAGCAUCGCAGGUUUCCUGUUUUUCACAGACAUGUGUAUCUACUGGAUCCACCGCUCCAUGCACCAUAAGAACAUUUACAAGCACUUACACAAGCAGCACCACAUUUUCAAGAUCCCUACACCCUUUGCCAGCCAUGCCUUCCAUCCUGUCGACGGCUUUCUGCAGAGCUUACCCUAUCAUCUCUACCCUUUCAUUUUCCCCCUGCACAAGGUAGUCUACCUCUCACUCUUCAUCUUUGUCAACAUAUGGACCAUUUCCAUACAUGAUGGAGACUACCGCAUCCCUGGACCCCUGAUUCAUCUGAUCAAUGGUGCUGCUCAUCACGUAGACCAUCACCUCUACUUCAACUACAACUACGGUCAAUACUUCACGCUCUGGGAUCGUCUGGGAGGCUCCUACCGAUAUCCAUCAGCCUUACUGGGGAAUGGGCCGUACGACCACAUACGCAAGCUGAUGACCGAGGCUGCAAAAACCCAGUGAAGAAGAACUGCAGGCUCAUUUGUCUGUUAUAGAAAGAAAGUGAUGAUGGACUGUUACUCUAAUGUGUAACAGAAAACAUAAAGAAUAGCUUUGGUAUUACAGCGAUGGACAAUUGAUCAAGUUUCAUUUUCUGUAACACAAUCAUGAAAACAAGAUAAUCAGAAUUAAAUAACAGUGCAGCACAGUGUGUUGCAUUUGUUUUGUCCAUAGGUUUUGUCAUGUGUGGUCCCUCCCUUCUGUUAUAGCACAGUGUGGACUCUGGCUUUCCCUACAAAACAGCUUGUUUCAGUUUAAGUGAGGAGCAGAGGGAGCCAUGGCAGGAUGUUUACAAGCAAGAGAGCUAAAUUGGAUGACAGACAGGCAGCCGUUGGUUAGAAAAAUACAGUGGUUUUAAAGAGUCAGACCUGGAACAGGUGAAAUAACUUUCAGAAUCUGUAACAUGGUCCUGCUCCUCCAGGCAACAUAGCAACUUUUCAAAUUAUUUCAGAUUUACACAAAUCAAUGUGUGUAAUCGUCUUCAAUAAUGGUCAGAAUGAUAUUUGCCACAGUCAAGCUGUCCUAAAAUGUACCGUUAGAAGAUCAGAAAUGCCUAAAAACAACACUAAACUACACUGAGUCCAGCUACAAAAACAAGAAUGAAAUCAAUUGCCAAGGGGCGGGUUACGGAAAUUAAGCCACUAACGUUUUCUCAAAAGCCACAGAUGUUUUAUGAUUGCUAAAUGCAAAAUGAAAUGGAUGAUAAUAAAAUAACUGCUAAUCACAGCAUGGAAAUUUCCUCCUUGUAACCAAACUAACAACAUCAUUCCUUUUUUAACCUACCUAUUAAAUAUAUUAUAAUUCCUGC